AUGCUUGACUUCCCCAGAGGUAAACACGUCCGCGACAGCACGCGAUACCCCACCACCACCGACGUAAUGGCACCAGCGCGUCCAAGUGGAAUCGCCAAAAGAGGGAGGGGUAGACCGAGGAAGGACGAUGUCAACAAACCCUCUCAAAGCCGAACGUCGAAAACCAAACCACAUCCACAACCACGAAAAGCUACGAAAAGGCGGUCUUCCCAGAGAAUUUCUAGCAUUGCGACUCCGAAAUCACUAAGGAAUGAAACUACGGAAGGCCGAGGGCGUAAGCGUAAGGCGCAAGCGACGGACGAGGAUGAAAUCGACGAAGUAGCACCCGGGAACAGCUCAUCUAGAGGACGGAAACGCAAAGCCAAAGACACAGACAUCGAUGAGCUGGAACAAGCGACGGCAGAAACGGGGACGACGCGCAAAUACGUGCAGUUGGCUCCCACCACGAAGCGCAUCCGUCAGGAAGUCCUACAAACAUGGCCAGAGAUAUCAUCACAUGUGUUGGAGCAAAUUGGAUUCGUGUUGAGGCGUGCGAAGGACGAAGUUGUCUAUACGCGACGCGAUCCUCGUCGUGCAGAUGAAGCCCAAGACGUCCUAGGGGUGACAAUUCGACAACUUGAGCGGUCCCUUGCGACUAUGAAAAUCCCCCCACAAACAAAAGCGCUACAUUUCAACCUUGACCGCCUGACAGAAAGUAACGAACACGUAUAUCGCGAGGUUACCAUGGCACGCCAUUCGAAGCAACUAUUGGGAGAGCAAGUCGACAUUGCCCAGAAAAAGCUGGAGGCCGAACAAGAGUCGGUGAACCGGCUGGAAAAGAACGCGCAACAAUGGAGGAAUCGUUGGAGGACCCAAGAAAAGAAACAGCUUCAUCCACUGUUAGAUUCGACAGUGCGCACCGAGACUAUCGACGACAUGCCUGAUGAAAUCGGCCUGAAAGCAUCUGAAGUAUUGGAUGUUUCCUUAUUGGAUACCCCUGAUUCUGACUUGGCACCAUUGCUCGAACAACUCCGGCGCAGUUUAGAUACAAUGCAGGGCAAUCAUGCACAGGUCGAAGGAAUUAGUGAAGCGGUACGACACGCCAACGCACAGCAGUAUGAUGCAUUAUGA